AUGACCACGAAGCCAGCAAUUCAAGAGCAGUUCCGCGCGUUCGUGCUUGAACGGGCCCACCCGUUUUCUCAGGACCAGUACGAUGCAUGCGCAGAUAGCUGUGCCUCACUUCGCCACGAUCUUUACGGCCCUUACCUCGAGUACAAGAAAGACAGCUUCAAUCUGGGCAGACAGUACAUAUUCUGCAAGGAAAUUCACUACAACGCAUCCGGCCGCCCGCGCAAGACUUGGAAAUAUAUCUCCAAGCCGCUCACGUCCCACGCACGCCGCACCAUUCGGGAUCGCGCAAGGGAAGUAGGUAUCACUCUUGCAUCCCCGCCGGCUGGUAUCAAGUUCAGCAUCACCAUACCACUCCUGCCUGUCCCGCCGCCGAUGGAAGCCGGCGCUCCCGAGCCCGCCGUCCUCGAUUUGACCAGUCCAUCUCCCCCUCCCCCUUCUUCUACCCCUCCCCGCUCUCCCAGCGUAGAGAUUACGGGGUAUGUUCCGGCCCCUCCGAUGAACACGACCCUUACUGUUCAUUACUUCUUUGCCGAUAAAACAAAGCCUACCACAUUCGACAUUACCGGUGGUGCAUCGCCUGAUAGCUUCAAGAUGCGCAAACAUGUCGAUGCACUGCUUGACGUCGAGAUCAAGCAAAGCGACGAACUUGACAUCCUUACGUUCGGCUCCGUCGGCUUCGAGAUGUGGGCAACAUUUCGGGUCAGCACCCUAGCUAUACUGCGCCGCAUUUUGGUACUUGUUGUCUCCCGCCACUCGGUUCGAAAGUGCCAUAAAUCCAUUACUGCUCUUUACGAACACGCCUUUCCCGAAGCUGCAACGCUUCCCGGUCGGAUAAUUGAGAUUGAGGACGAGGAUGGCGCGUCCUAG